AACAUGCACAUAUCUCAUUUAAACAGAUGUAAUUCACAAACCUCACGAAAAUCCAGCGUUUUCUUCCCAUCGAGCGCUCAUCUAAUGUCUUCUUCAGAAGUGCGUAUUCUAUCAGCCAGAAUCAAAACUUCAAGAUCAGGAUCAAAAGUUCCUCUGAUUCAAAAAUCAUGAUGGUCAGUGGUCACAGUCCAAGCAGGCGAUCAAGGCUAUUUAAACUGUCAGGAGAUUGCUGCUGCAUGCUGGAUCCGCACAAGUGCGUGAGUGCAACUAAAGUCUUUAUAGCAAGUCAGUCCACUGUCGGCCAUGUUUGGAACGCUCUCGGGAGGCUAUUUCCAGUCAUGACAGUGCAGCUGCAAUCAACUUGAAUGGGGAAAAACCGAAGUCUCCAAAAUGGUUGGUGAAGAUUAUGAUCAGAGAACAUAUAUUUCAAAUCAGCAGUAAAAUCUAACAACACUGGUAUCAUAAAUGGUGCUACUUUACCUCAGCGCACAAAAAAACAAAAACAAAUCCCAGCUUUUAUAGCUCAUGCGCAUGUGCGUUCUCAAGUUGAUUGACAGGCGAUGUCUAUCUAAAAGGUGAUUGGCUCUUUUACUUGUAAAACAGGACUUCCCAUCUACUUCUGUUGACCGUUGGCUGCAGUUGGGCAUUCUAAUUUCUACCAUUAAUUUUAAUAGAAGUGGCCCGUCUCUGCUAAAUAGUCUCUGGUGCAACUUUAAGGUAAAAGCGCUUCACGUGUGCUAUAAGUAAAUGUCUUAUUCACUGUGUACUGUAUGUACAAUUGGUUUGAUUCUGUAUUUUUUGAGUAAAUGUGAUUGCUAAUGUGGACAUGCCAUCCAUGUUUGCUGGACUACUGUGUGUACUGUUAUUUCCUUCUUCCUAAUAUAUUAACAAUUUCUUCAUGUGCAAAUAAAUUACUAAAAUUUGAUGACUAAACAAAAAUAAGAAGAAACUGCUAUCUACCAUUUAAAGUACAAUAUAAUUUUUUUGAUUAUUUUUUACAAUGUUUUGUGUGAAAUUGAGUAAAUAUAGUACUAAAUAGGAGUUUAUUAAUUUUUUUUUUAGCAAUUUUAUGUUUAUUUACUGUAUUAAAUUGUUAUAUAUUGGCAUUGUAUUGGCCUAUCGGCCACCCUUCUCUCUGAAUAUCGGCAUCAGGCAUUAAAAAAAAAACAUAUCGGUCGACCACUGAUUGACACUUGUGGUAAUUAGCCCAAAAUGUCGAAAUAUCCUGUUCUGGCAUAUCGGUCUAUCACUGGCUAGUACUGCGUUGUCAAAAUAGUAAUUGGCGUGCAACAUUGCCAGCUUGAAGACAAAGUGGAAUUCCUUAGUUUUGCGUCCUUUUUUCUUCAUGGUGUAUUUUAUUUUUGCUCAAAUAUGUGCUCAAGGAAAAAUCAACCUCAUCUAAGCUUUAUAGUCAGAAUGCUGUUUAAUAGACUACGCUGUAUAAUGAAAUAAAAACCAUUGUGUAAUCUCUGUCUAAGUAAAGAUGAUAGAGGACAUUGACCAGUAUUUGAGUCCAUUGUUACCAGCACUGAGGGUCUUUUUUUUUUUUUUUUUUUUUUUUUUAAGUAAUUAAUAGUCACUGUUAAUGUUACCUUUUUGCAAAUUUGUGUUUUGAUAUCUCUGCGACUGUUAUGGUUUCGUAAUCCUGACAGUUUGAAUACUCUUUUGAACAGUAAGGUGCUAUCCUUCACUUUAAACAAGGAAAAUGCAGCUAAGAAAUUCAUGCACCUCGCAUCGUGCUAGCGAGAGGUAAACAUUUAAUAAACAUAAGCGCAAGCUUUGCUUGUUAUUCUUAUUGUGAUGUCUCUUUCGAACUCUUUUGUCCAUCAUCCAGACAUCUCAUGUUGGAGUGGAAUAAAAUUAAGCUAUUCUUGAAAUUGAUUUUGAACUAUUUAAAAUGAAAACAAUUCAUAAUUCUUGCUGAUGUUGCAUUUUCUCAGGUAUAUGUACAAAGUUAGGUGUGCAUUGCAAAAGGCAACUCACGUCCUUUGGCAUGUUUCGAUAGAUUAAUGAUUGUCCAAAUAUAAAUAUGUAAAUUCAGAAAGGAUCUGUCUAAUGUCUCAGGAACAUCGUUUCUGACUUUGUUAAUAGAGUUGCAUAUUGGAAGGGAAUGUUAACAAAUAUUGGCUGUAUUCCUCUAGCUGACAUAUAUAAAUGAGAAUUGAUGGGAAUAGAAGGGGUUGCCCUUAGGAGUUUGCUUUACUGUGCAUUAUUUACCUGUGAUCGCAAUGUCCACUGAUAGUAUAGUCUAUUGCUAUCUGUCAGUCACAAUGCUCCAAUCAAAAAUUCAUCCUUUUUAAGUAAAAAAAAAAAUGCUUAUAUUACUCAGACUUUAUAAUACUUGCAUUCCUAUUUUUUAGUGAAUCACAAAUUAUAUUUUGUAGCUGUUUAACAAAACCAUCAUAGGAUUAUUGUGCAAUAAUAGCAAACUCUUAGAGCUGCCAGAUUUGUGUAACUGUGUUUGGUGCUUUGAGAGCUCAAAUGACAGCCUAAAUGAGUUGAUAAAAGCUUUUAAAAUCCCAGCUUUCUGUAAAUGAAAUAAAGUGUUCCUAACGAAAAGCUCUAUUUGAUUCAUUUAUUUCACUGUUACUUUAAUAAAGAUUAUUGUCGGAAUGUAAAGGGGUGCAGUAAUGGUUCAACAGAGUAUAAACCACUUGAAAACCAAUUUAAAAAUGGUCAGAGGCAUUGCAAGUGAUCUUUUGUAAUGUUCAAAGCUAAUGAACUUUUAUUGGCACUUAACUGCACUGGGUCACUGAUAAGUGAUGAUAAUACUUGAAGAAUUCAAUUUGAAAGGAAUGUAAUGUGAUGAUAAUUUAAUAAAGAUCAUUGAGGUCAUUUGGACCCCCUUGCAACAACAACAGACCUAGAAUAGACCCAUGUGUUUUGAGAAAUACUUCUCACUGGAUUAGACUUCUUACAGUGUUUACCAGUUGCUUUUGCAUUGUGCUUGUAUGGAAUAGGCAAAAGCAAAGAGUCCUGAAAUAUGACACGUUGAUUCUAAAAAGCACUAAAAAGGGGGCCCUUGCAGAUUGAUUUUAUAUUCACAUCUUAAAUUACAACUAUUCAAAAGUAUUCAUUAAGUUCUUUAAAAAUGAUCUCACAUUAUACUGUGUUUCCUUUCAUUAAGAAUUCCAGAUAUGGUAAACUAUCUAGCAUUUUGUCCUCUGUGAUUUGUGCUCGUUCUCAGCCAUUCUUUCGGCCAAUAGAUCCUUGCCUUAUCUCUUGGGACUGGUCAAACACCUAGCACACAAGUGCUACAGAGACCUUGACUGUCUGGAAAACAUGUGCAGCUGCGUGUCUACGAGAGACGGGGCUAUAAGUUUGAGAGUAUUUUAGUAACAUCAGAUACCAAGGACAAAUAGCCUGCAAACUUUAUUUUCAAUACCUAAAAUUAUAGGUACUGCUACAUUUAUAAUUAGGCAUUUGACAGACACUUUGAUCCAAAGUGACACAGUGAAUUUAAUGUAUAAAUUCUAUCAGUUUGGAUAUUCCCUGGGAUUCAAACCCAUGAUCUUGGCAUCGCUAGCACCACACUAAAUUUUGAGCUAUAGAAACCCAAGGGUAUAUCUUAUCACAUAUGUAGUUAUUCUGUUAAGAAUUAGCAAUUGGUAAUUUAUCCAAAACCCAUUAUGAGCUUAUCCGGUUAAUGAUAUGACAGUAGAGGUAGGCAGGAAUGUAAAGGUGGAAUGGGAUUGGGACAUAACACAGACCCUAACACACAGCCCCUAUCCUAACCAUAUAAGGCUGAGUAGCCUGCCAGGCACAACUCUGGGCACCUUUCAAGUAACUGCAAUUCAAAUCUGGGUCCCUAUGAGCACAAUGGAUCUUAUGUGUUACAAGCACAUUCACUACCCACUAUGCCAGGAGAUCGUGUUUAGAUGUUCACUUAUCUUGUGAAAGGUGGAAAAAAUGUUUGAAAAUGUUUUUACAUUCAUACAGUUGGAGUCCAGUAGGAACCCUGCCCCAAACCUAACUUUUUCUUUGGUAGCAGCAAAUGCAAUUCUUGCAAGAGUUUCACAAAAUGAGUUUACCAUUAAGACAGAACCCUGACAUGACAAACAACUUGGUCACCUUUACCGUUGCACUGUAUAAUUUAGGGAGUGUUAAAAAGAAACUCACCACUAUUCCUUGUCAAUUGUGAAUAUUCAGUGUAGCUAUUGUAUGUACAUAGCACUGCCCAUUGGUCAAUGCUGCGAAUUUGGGUGUCAGAGUUUACCAAAUUUGAACCUCACACAAAAUUUGUAUCAUAUUUGUUUGCCAUCAGUUGAAAUUCCUGAUUGUGCAGAUUUACAUUGAGAUGACUGUAUUUCACCUGCAGAAUUUCACAGUGCAAAGGUAAAAGUGUCAGAGCCUUUAUCUCGAAGGUCCCUCUGGAGCAACCUUUGGUUAAGUGCCUUGUUUAAGGGGAGAGUGGUCAUAGUUUGCUCCUAGUGUGGUUUGAACCUACAACCUUUUGGUUACUGGCCCAGAUUUUUAACUACUCAAUAUAUCUAUUAGUAUGCAAGAGGUUUAAAACAAGUUGAGAAUGUAAUAUAGAAAUGGGGUACAAAAUAUAGUUUCUCAAAGGCAGAGACGAGCAGUACAGGACAUCACAAAAGACUACUUACAAAGCGGGGACACAAAAACUCUAGGAUGUGUAACUGUGUCCCAUGGGAAUUAAAUUAAACAGGGAUGUACUCUAAAUAGAAAAGAACUUUGUUGCAGUUUACCAACUCAAGACUCGAGGGUCAAACUGUUAUCACCCUCACACUACAGCUGGGUGUCUGUGGUCUACACAGGAGUCCAUUGUCUGUGUGGGUCCCUCCUCAGCUUAUCAAAGCCCAAAGGCCUGUGAUAUCCAUUCACAAUCCCUUGAAACACACACAUCAACCCGCAUGCCUUGAAUACCCGUUACUCCAAGGACAAGCUUUCUUGGUGGGCUGGCUCCUCUCAGGAGGCUGGGAGGUGUGUAUAAAGCACAUGCCCAUCGCUGACCCGCCCCAAAACAAGUGUUAGACUUCUUUAUGAUGGAAUCAGAGAAGAUGCUUGCACAGACAAGAUUUUGGAUGAUGCUGUUGGUGUCUUUGAUUGUGGGGACUGGGUCAUACGGUGCCACAAUGGGACAUAACGACCAGGACAACAGCCAGAAGAUCACCCCACUAUCAGGACGCAUUGGAGAUGAACGGGAAGAUGGAGAUAUGGGACAUGUUCCUCACAACACUAAUGAACAGCUGACCGGCCAAUCAACACAUGCAACUGAAGACAUACCAUGCAAAGAGGACCAAUCAGCUCACAAUCAUGCCAUGGAUGAUUUCUUGUCAGCCCUGAAAGAUGGCUGGAACAGGGAGAGUGAACGGGGGAUCCAGCGCUUUGGAAUAUGUUCGCAACAUGAUGCAGUAACAGAUUUCCAGGUUGCUGCAUUAACACGUCUAGCUGAGAGUGCACACCAACAAAGUAAUGGACUUAAGGGUGUACAUGCUACAAAAGUAGAUAUUUGGGAUGCUGAGGAAGAAGGAGAGAUGAUUUUGGCCCUCACAUUCCCAAGGCAAGCUCAGUCAACCAACCUGGCCUCCAUGACACUCCUGUUCAGUGUGGAUUCCAUCAAGGGAGAUGGUUUAAGAAUGACAUUUAGCAGUCAUUCUCUUCAUCCAAAUAAACAGACAAUUUGCAUUUCCGAGAGCAUGCAUUUUCUUUUCCUUACAGGUGGACAGAAAGAGAGUAAAACUCAUGGUCACCUUAAACUGAGAAUUGCAGUUGAGACAUUGAAGACUGAGAACAGGCAUAAACCUAGUCUGUCUGAGCUUCAGGAAGUCUUAAUGAGAAAAGUGGAUGGAAACAACAUUACAAUGAAGCCGAUGUUAUUUUUCCUCGCUGACCGUGAAAAUAGUGAUGAGCAAAGGACACCUAAUUUACAAUACCACGGAAUUCCUCUGGAUCAGAGACCUUUACCAGGCCCUCUUCCUCCAUCCAAAACUUUCCUUUUUCUGUGCGAGCUGCAGAAGCUCUUCAAUGACAUCCUGCCAGAGAAAGAGCCAUCAACACCUCAAGAAGAGGUAAGCACAGUCUAUUUGGAUGCACUGCAUUCCCUUCCACCACUCACCCUGGGAGUGUCAUCCACGGAGUCCCUCCUUUCAGGACUGGUGAAUUCCUCCACUCCAACUGCAUUUGUCUUCCCCCAAAGUCAGCAAAGCCUGCAGACUCACCGAGUGGAGCUGACACUGGAGUCUCCUCUACUGUCUGUGCUCAGACUGCGACUGGAUGAAGCCAUUGCUCAGGUGAAAAAGGAGGCAGAGCAAAAGGUGAUUGACAGGGUUCAGAAACUGAGUGAACUUAGUGCCCUUCCUCCAGAUGGAGCGGAUGAUGAAACAAUCAGUAAAGACCAUAAAGAGGCGCAGUACCGGGCCGUUUUGCUGCUGAAGGCUCUGCAGACAGUACUCCGUACCUUAGAGGUGGAACGGGCCCAGAGGACAGCCAGAGCAGAUGAGGAUGUCCCGACAACACCCAGUCAGUGUCGACUUCAGAGCUUGACUGUGUCCUUGAGGAAGUUCUCUCUUGUGCCCUCUGUGGCCAACAUCAACAACUGUGUAGGGGCCUGUGUCUUCCCAAUGGAUGAUGGCAUCAACCACGUCAUCCUCCUGAACAACCAUAUCGAGAGUGGCCAGCCCGUUGCUCGCACUCCCUGCUGUGUGCCAGUGGACUAUAUCGACCUGCAAGUGAUCGAGCUAGAGAGCGUGGGCACCAAGAUUGCCCCCAAGCAAAACGUGGUGGCGACCAAGUGUGGGUGUCGCUGAU